UCUCCUCCAUGUUCAUAUGAUUCUCUCUAUCCUUCGGAGUUGUGGUGGAAAAUUUCGAUCUUUCUUUUGGGAAUUUAUAUAUCUUUAGGGAGAUCAAUCAAUCAAUCAAUCAAAGAAGCAGUUUGCUCUAUGAGAGAGAGAGAGGGAGAGAGUAUUAGCAUCAUCAUAGUCUUCUUCACGUAGAAUGAUGAAUACACGAUGUCGGCUUCUUUGAUCUAGUGAGAAUUAGGACCCAAUCUGUUCAGAAAACCAUGUCAAGUUUGUUCUUGCCUUCAAUAAUACGCUUAUGUGAUUCUGUUGUUUUGCAAGCAACAGUGGCAAAACAAACAGUUCCUUGUCCCUUUCUAGUCAAGAGAUGUUCAUUAUUCAUGUUUUAACUUUGAAUCAAGAUUUCUUCUUUUUUUGCUAGUUUUAUGAAUGACUACUAUAUCCAUAUGUUUUUUUAAUCGUUCUCCAGUCCUCAGUUUCCCAAGAAUGGAAGGCCGUUAUUAUUGACUAGUUGAUGCAAUACCAUAAAUGGAUGAAGCUGUUAUCUUUUUAUGUUAACACUCUUUUAACUCUUGAAUGAUCCUUGGGCGUGUGUGUUUCACAGAGAGAGAAACCAUGGGGUUCUGGACACUGAUGGAAGGACUGCUGCUAUUUGCAAACGCACUUGCUAUCCUCAACGAAGACCGUUUUCUAGCUCCAAAAGGAUGGACACUCGCGGAGCUUCACCAAACUGGCAAAAGAAACUCUCUCAAAGGCCAAAUCGUUGGUCUCAUCCACGCCUGUCAGUACAUGAGGCUUCCUCUCAUGCUCUUUAACUUAAUUGUCAUCAUCGUUAAGCUCUUCUCCGGUUAAAAAAACCCAAGUUCUUUUUUUUUGUU